AUGUAUUAUCAAUCACAACCUCCUAUGAUGCCGCUGGCUCAUAUGAUGAACAACCCAGUGUAAAUGCAAUAGGCUACGAACAUAAGAAAGCCUGACUUCCCACCUGAUAUGCAACCCAUUUUCGUGAUUCCUUAAAUAGCGCACAUUAAAUCUUAGCCAAAACCAAGGUGCAGACCCUAUGACCCAGUGUUGGGUUUGGGGAGGAAGGCUGAGUGGAUGCUGGACAAGUUUGAGGAUGAGUACGAGCAGAUGCAGAGGGAGGAAAGAGAGAAGGAUAUUGUGAAGCCAUCUAGAUUGCCACUCAAGAUUCUAAAGAGAUUGGAAAAGAAGCAUCAACACAAUGAGGAAUUGAAGAAGUUGUUGUAAUUAUGGAAUCCCUUUGAAGAUCCUAAUAUCACAUCUGAACCUUAUAAAACUUUGUUCGUGGGCAGAUUGAAUUAUGCCACAACUGAUAAAAAACUGCGUAAGGAAUUUGAAGAAUAUGGACCAAUCAAAUCAAUAAGAAUCAUACGUGAUUCCACAUAAGAUAAGCCUAGAGGCUAUGCAUUCAUUGAGUAUGAGAGCAAGAACAGUGUUAAAUAAGCUUAUAAAUAUGCAGUAGAUAAGCGUAUUGAUGGGAGAAAGUUGGUGGUUGACAUCGAAAGAGGUAGAACAAUUCUGAAAUGGAGACCCCGUCGUCUCGGUGGUGGUCUUGGAGAAUUGAGGAGAUCAAGAAGCGAAGAAUUGUCUAAAAAACCUAAAGAAGAACAUGUAGAGAAGGAUGAGGAAGACAAAAGAAGGAAAUCGAAAAAAGUAGAAGAGGUAAAACCGACCAAGAAACCCAGAGAGAGGUCUCGAUCCAAGUCUGUCAAAAAACAUAAGAAGAGAGAGGAGAGUCCAAUUAAAAAAUAAAAAAGAAGAGAGAAGUCAAAGAAGAGACACAAAUGA